AAAGAGAAGUUGCUCAACAGGAAACACAGACACAAGCAAACAUUUCACAUGUUAAUCUGUCUGUCCAUCUACCUAUCUAUUAUAUUCAUUGGAGCACCAUCUCAACACCAUGUCUCUCCUUUUAGGGUUUGGAUUGCUGACCUGCAUAGCGUCAUCAGAGUCCAGCUCUGUGUUUGUGCUGAAGGGACAGGAUGUUCGUCUGGAUGUCCAGGAAAAUUUUAAACUGAAAGAGAUAGAGAUUUUUAAGUGGACCUUCAGAUCAGCCAAUAUCCUAAGAUGCUCUGACACAUUGUCAGUGAGAGUGUCUCCUGAGUACAACAACAGGGUUGAGUUUUAUACGGGAAACUUCUCUCUGCUACUGAAGAACCUACAGCAAGCAGACAGUGGACCUUAUACUGCAGUAGUGACUGGUGACAAAGAAAAAACCAUUAUUGCAUACCUGUUAAUUGUUCAAGAGAGAGUUGAGCCACCAGUCCUGACAGUGGACUCUGUCUCCUCCAUCAAUGGCAACUGUAAUGUGACAGUGACCUGCAGAGGUCAGAACACCUCUGUCACCUCCAGCUGUAACAGCAGCACCUGCUCUCAGGUGGGAGGAGAGAGUAGAGGGGCUGAGACCUCCACUGUCCCCCUGCUCUAUGUCUAUGUGGCAGGGGGUUUCAUCAUCUGUAACCACAGCAACCAAGUCAGCUGGGCCAACGACACUAAGGAGAUAGUGGAACUCUGUCCAAUGAAAUCUGUGUCUCCCCCUGCUGGUAGCAUGUCUGUCUGCAUGCUGAAGAUCAUCCUGGUGUCUGUGGGGCUGGUCAUCAUGAUCUCUGCUGUCAUCACUGUCCACAUCAGAGACAGAUUCCACUAUGGAUAGAAUCAUGUGUAUUGUAUUUUUUUGUACCUUAGACAAAGUGAUUCCUGCUCUGUGUCACAGUAAGACUAGGUCAAAAAAGUACUUUUUAAGUGUUUCAGGUGUUACAUAACAAAACUUAACAUAACGUAAUAUAGCAUAACAUAACAUGGCAUACCACAGCAAACAUUAUCACAUGUUUUUGGGCCAUUUGUUUCUUUUUAAUACCCAGUAUGAAGAAAUCAAAUCAAAUGUGAUUUGUCAUGCUUGGUAAACAACAGGUGUAGACUAACAGUGAAAUGUUUAAUGACGGGUCCUUUUCAACAAUGCAGUUAAAGAUAAAAGAUACAAAACAGAAAAUAGAAAUCGUGACAAGCUUUAAAUAUUGGAACAGAAUCACAUUGCACAUUUCACUGUUAAUAUCCUCACUAGGAUGAGGUUUUGAUGUACGUCCACUCUGUUUAUUUUCACCUUUCCUGUCCAAAUCAUCUUAAAGUAUCUCAAAAUUGAUUGUGUAACUCAAAUAAGUUACUUAUUUAGGAUUAGGACAUGAUUUGGAAAAUGUUAAUAUAGGUACCAUUGAAUUGCAUUGAUUUCCCUGGGGGCGUUUUGCCCCAAACCCACUGACAUUACAUGUUACAACUUAUUAAAAAUGGAUAAAAAAUGUUCUCUUUAACCAACUGGUAUACUGAUAUACCUGUGUGUACCUGUGUGUACAACACAUUAAGAACUCAUGCUCUGUCCAUGACAUAAACUGACCAGGUGAAUCCAGGUUAAAGUUAUAAUUCCUUAUUGAUGUCACUUGUUAAAUCCGUCUAGAUGAAGGGGAGGAAACAGGUUAAAGAAUAAUUUUUAGACAAUUGAGCCUUGGAUAUUGUAUGUGUGCUGUUCAGAGUGUGAAUGGGCAAGAUAUUGAUUAUGUUACUUAUUUACUUGUUAUUCGUGUCAGAUAUUUCCAUUUUGGGAUAGUUGUUCACUGAAUUGCUAGCACCAGUGGCUCACGCUGCUACAGUGUCUACAAACGUCUCACGCUCACUGGAAUGUGAAAUCACAUGAUUCUGCUAACACAUCCCAUCCCAAAUCACAGUAACUUAUAGAAUAGUGAAAAUUCACUUUGUCUGAAGAUGAGAGAAUUAGUGUAGAGGUCUAUGACCCAGCUACGAUAUACCAUCUGAUUCCAUUAUCAUGAGAAUGCUACAGGCCCAUCAUUAUGAGGGUAAAAUAAAUCCAUUUAGAGACCCCUUUGCGCUCUUAUCCCGUUAACGGGAUUGAUUUUGACAACAGCCAGUGGAACAUCAGAGCGCCAAAUUCAAAACAGAUAAAAUCUCAUAAUUCCAUUUUCUCAAACAAUCAACUAUUUAACACCAUUUUAAAGAUAAGGCUCUCGUUAAUCCAACCACAUUGUCCGAUUUCAAAAAGGCUUUACGGCGAAAGCAUAAAUUUAGAUUAUGUUAGGACAUAAACUUCACAAGAAAAACCACACAGCCAUUUUCCAAUCAACUAGAUGCAUCAC